AUGGGUGGUUCAAGUACUAGUAAUGUACCAUUGGAGGAAGAUUUGGUAUACGAUGUUGAACUUCUUCCUCAUGAUCCGGGAAAAAGAAUAAAUAUAAUGGAUUACCCCGCAAAUGAACGAAAUGCAGUUAGGAGGGGUUAUAUUCUUAAAAAACCUUGCCAACCAAAAACUCAUGACUUUCCUCAAAGACAAGUGUCUGGUUUAUGUCGCUUUAGUGUUCAUUGGUUCAAGAAAUGGGAUUGGCUUGAGUAUAGUAUUGAAAAAGAUGCCGCAUUUUGUUUUGUAUGUUACUUGUUCAAGAACAAAGUUGAUAGUUAUUCGGGGGGUGAUGUAUUUUUUGAUGGAGGGUUUAGGGCAUGGAAUAAACCGGAAAGAUUUGAGAAGCAUGUUGGUGGAAUUAACAGUGCUCAUAAUCUUGCUUAUGAGAAAUAUGUGAAUUUAAGAGAUGGAAAAACAAAAUCAAUCUUGAAUGUGUUUGACAAUGCAAGUGAGGUGAUUAAAAAUGAAUAUUUUAUUCGCUUGAAUGCAUCUUUAACUUGUUUAAGAUUUCUUUUGGGGCAAGGUUUGGCAUUUUGUGGACAUGAUGAAAGCGGGGAAUCAUAUAAUAAGGGUAAUUUCCUUGAGCUUUUGAAAUGGUUAGGAGAAAAGGUUGAGGAAGUAAGACAACAUACUCUUGAAAAUGCAUCUAAAAAUUGUCAAAUGAUUUCCUCUUCUAUUCAAAAGGACAUUAUUAAUUGUUGUGCCAAAGAAACAACUAGGUGCAUAAUAGAAAAAGUUGGUGAUGAUUACUUUUCCAUAUUAGCCGAUGAGUCAAGUGAUGCGUCCCAAAAAGAACAACUAGCUCUUGUUUUGCGCUUUGUUAAUAGAGAUAGUGGAAAGGUAAUGGAGCGAUUUUUAGGCAUUGUUCAUGUUGGUAAUACUACCGCUUUAACUCUUAAAGAUGCAAUCAUGUCUUUACUUGUUGAACAUUCAUUGAGUCCAUCUAUGAUAAGAGGGCAAGGGUACGAUGGAGCUAGCAACAUGAAAGGUGAAAUAAAUGGUCUUAAGACUUUGAUUAUGAAUGAUACUCCAAGUGCCUACUACAUACAUUGUUUUGCUCAUCAACUUCAACUAACACUAAUUGUCGUUGCUAAAAACAAUGUCUACUACAAGAGGGGGGGUGAAUAG